ACGGUAGAGGAGAGAGAGAUCAUUAAACAUGGCUACGAAACCUGGGAUUCUCACUAACUGGCCAUGGGAAUCACUUGGGAACUUCAAGUACGUGAUCUUGGCCCCGUGGGUGGUUCACAGCGCUUAUUCAUGGGCGACGAAAGCAGGAAACGAGAGGGGCCUUGCCAACUUCCUCAUAUUCCCAUUUCUCUUGACAAGAAUCCUUCACAACCAACUAUGGAUUUCUUAUUCCCGUUACCGAACUGCCAAAGGAAACAACAGGAUCAUUGAUAAGGGCAUCGACUUCGAGCAAGUUGACAGAGAAAGCAACUGGGAUGAUCAGAUCAUAUUAAGUGGAAUUAUACUCUACUUGGGAAAUAUGAGACUGCCAGAAGCAUCUCACUUUCCCAUAUGGAGAUCAGAUGGAGUUAUAAUCACAAUUCUACUUCAUACGGGUCCUGUCGAGUUCCUUUAUUAUUGGCUCCACAGGGCAUUGCACCACCAUUACCUCUACUCUCGCUACCACUCCCAUCACCAUUCUUCUAUAGUGACCGAACCCAUUACUUCGGUAAUUCACCCAUUUGCAGAAAUAAUCUCCUACUUUCUGCUCUUUAUGAUACCAAUGUUGACAACGGUAUCGAUGGGAACAGCUUCCAUCGUAUCAUUAUUUGGUUACAUAUCUUAUAUUGAUUUCAUGAAUAACAUGGGACAUUGUAACUUUGAAUUCACCCCGAAAUGGGUUUUCUCAAUUUUUCCUCUAGUCAAGUAUUUCAUGUACACUCCUUCAUUUCAUUCUCUCCAUCACACUCAAUUCCGAACCAAUUACUCCCUUUUUAUGCCGUUUUAUGAUUAUAUUUACGGAACAAUGGACAAGUCCGCCGAUGCUCUGUAUGAAGCUUCGUUAAAAAGGCAAGAAGAAUCACCCGACGUUGUACAUUUAACACAUUUGACCACACCAGAUUCCCUCUUUCAUCUUCGUCUAGGACUCGCUUCCUUGGCCUCCAAGCCCCACCAGGCUCCCACCAUGGUCAUGUGGCCCGUCACGUUUUGGUCUGUGUUGUUGACUUGGAUUUACGGCCAUGCCUUCGUUUCAGAGAGGAACACCUUCGAGAAACUCAAACUACAAUCUUGGGUGGUACCAAGAAACAAUAUGCAAUAUCUUUCUCGAGGACAAAGAGGGAAAAUCAAUAAGUUAAUUGAAGAAGCUAUAUCAGAGGCAGAUAGGAAGGGAGCUAAGGUGCUGAGUUUAGGGCUUUUGAACCAGGAUGAAGAGCUUAACGGGAAUGCAGAGCUCUAUAUCCAAAGGCACCCUAAGCUUAAAAUCAAGAUCGUGGAUGGAAGCAGUUUGGCGGCGGCUGUGGUGGUGAACAGCAUUCCUGAAGAAACAAGGCAAGUAGUUCUGAGGGGCAAGCUUUCUAAGGUUGCUUAUGCCAUAGCCCUGGCUUUGUGCCAAAAGGGUGUCAAGGUUGCUGCAUUGAACGAUGAUGAAUAUAAGAAGCUGUUAGAGCACGUAGACAAGUUUGGAGACAAUUUGGUUCUUACAGAAAGAUAUGAUCACAAGAUAUGGUUGGUGGGAGAUGGGUUGACCCAGGAAGAACAGUUGAAGGCAUCCCAAGGAACAAUAUUCAUUCCAUUUUCUUAAUUCCCACCAAGGAAA